AUUGAAUUUGUCGAACACUUUCACCAUGGCGGCGGAAGGGAAUAAUGCUGUGUAUUGGGUAUGCCCAAUUUCCAGCCGAGAAGACCCACCUCUUUGUUCUCGUGGUGACGAGCCUGAUGGAUCCUAUGUGGCGAUCCAAAGAUUGGUUUCAGAAUCCCCAGUGUUACCGGAUAGCGAGAUUGAAACAAUCUUCGAGGCCUUUGUGACAGCCACUGGUGAAUGUCUUUGGCGCCGUGUUUCUGUUUGGAGUGGACCCAACAGCCCACAACAGCGAACGAUUCAUGCGUCUUUCAUACUCCCAACUGCAAACGACAAUAGCGAGGGCAAAGCUGAGUUUUUCCUUAAACAACCAAACAAUGACAAAGACAGUAAAGCACUUUCGCUCCUGGAUCAACCCUCUUUUCUUUGCUGGGCAGCCUUUCGAGAAUACCCAAAGCACAAGCUUCUGUGCGUCCUUGCGGAUCCGUUGACAUUGUGUAUUUGGGACGUGUAUCCUCAAACUGAUCAAGUUUGUGUCAAGGGAGAAGGACAUUCACAAAACCUGCCAUUUCGCUGUAGAGGUGUAUACCCAGUCGGUGAAAGCAAUGGAAUUAUUUUACAGCGACAGGACGAUCCAGAAGAUCUCGCUGCUUUUCAAUACAGCGACAUGGACAUUGACAAGGGAGCAGGAGCCAACAAAGACGAUGACAAUGAUUUUAUAUUGGCAAUGCCGGGAACUACAUGUAGUAGCCACCCAAACAACACCAGCUUCAAUAGCGGGGGCCAACAAAGAACACCGGCAUCCAUGCCCACACCUCGAAGUGCCUACACAGCAACGUCAACCGAGGUACCGUCGUUGUACACACUAGAACACCCUCUACAGGAAGUAUUGCCAGUGUCUCACUGGUCAGAAAGCACGGCGCUCGUCACGGAUGCAUUCGAAAAAGUAAUUCAUGCGGAUACGCUAAAAUGGAACUCGAUCAAUAGUGACGACGAAAAGAAGCAUCAGCAUCAGCAGCCAAUCAUCGUCACCUACAACACAAUUCACAAGCGACAUGCAAUUUGGGCUGUCAAGGCAGCGCCGGAACCUAUCGUUGAACCCUUUUUGUGGAGGCGCAGCCGAGACCGCACAAACGCAAGAAAAUGGGACAACCACAUCUCCAUGAUGGAACAAGACUUGGAAGACAUGGAGCUGUUGGGUUUUGAACCUCCUCACCUGCACCAAGAAGGGCCUACCCGUGACGAAGCCCUUGCAGACGCUUUGGGCGUUGUUCGAAAGACACCCAGGAAAGCUGGAGAAUCAUCAACAAGAGGACGGGGACGCGCUAUUGAACCACGGACAUCCCGCAGCACUUGGACCGAAGCUGGAUUGACCAACACCAGUGGGUUCCUUCAUGCGUCAACUCGGUCGGCGAAAGAAUCGUUUGCUGAAACAGAAUUGUCCUUUACGGAAAGCGCCACACAACCCCUCAAUUUUCGUCCACAAGCAAGCCUGCGCCCGACCAUUGCCAUUGAUUGUCUAUUUGAAGAGUCAGAGGAAAGUGAACCUGCUGACAACAUCCUCCUGGCCUCCAACCUUGAGGGCACCGGCCUUUUGCUUUUGGGUUUGCUAUGCCCUUCGUCAAGCGAGGGUUGUCACGUCGAAAAGACUUUGCGUCUCUACUCGAUCACGCCAUCAUCAUUGGGCAACAACCCUGGCAAAGAAGCAACCCGUACCCCGGCAGCCAAAGAGACUCCUGCUCAGGGUUACCCUGUGAAAAUGCUGCGGAGCCUCUCUUGUUUGGACGCCACUCCAAUCCAAACGCUUCGAAGAGCUCCGUACGGAGGCAACGAAACAGGACGACCCCACACCACCGAGAUCCUUGUUUUGCAGCGCGGGUCUAUGGAUGAACACUGCUCCCUGGCGCUGUACCGAGGACAGUGUCAUGUCGUAGAUUGCGCUCUAUUGGGCAUGCCCUCGAUCACUGGGCUCUUAAACCCGGUUCGAGGCAAUGUUGACUUCGUUGUUGAAAGGGAGGGGGAUGUUAGGAGUUUGAUCCGAGGUUGCAUUUCACUCGAAAUUGAAUCGAACGCUCUGGCAAUGAAGGCGAUUACUGCAAUUGAGUCAUCCUUGGCAAACAUUUCCACAGAAUCCAAGGCUUCAGCCCUUCAGUUUGCCCUAAAAUUCAAAGCCGAUUGCUGCCGAUUACAUCAAUUUCUACGAAAAGAUCAAGACAGAACUAACGCGAGACUAAAAGACAGCUGGGCGACGGUGACGACUGUACUGCACGCUGUGUUUGACUACAUUUAUUUUGGUUCAGUCCCGGGAUCAAACAGCGGUUCAGCCCCGUCACAGGGCACAUACAGCGCGCAAAAGUCACCCUGGGCGAACCUGUUGAACUCGUCGUACCAUGCCAAAUUCGCCUGUGGCGAUUUGGGUGCACUUCUGCCUGGGAGCUCAGGCAUCACCGCCUCGGAGAAUGAAGCUGCGACAUUCGAGAAAGAGGAAAAUCUACCUCCAUCCUUUGAGCUGAGCGCCUUGGGCUGUCUACAACCAGGGACAUCGAUUACAGGCCACAUUUUUGAUACUCUACACUUCUUGUACGAGGAUCUGAAGCUGUCACCGGACCCCAGGAGGAUUGAUGACCUGCGUUCGAUUGGGUCAUUCCUUGUCACUACGUGCUUCAAACUCGAUCAGAUGGAGAACCGGCACGUGCUACGAAAGUUUUUGAAUCACUAUCGACACGAUUUGGGAGCCGCAUGGGUCGACAGGAUUGGUACUCAGCGCUUGAAAAGAGCAAGCCUUUUGGAAUUGGUCCAAGAACCGCCAGCACCAACAUCCUUGGACUCCCCGCCAUGCAUUCUGACAUGGCUUGAAGCCAAAGUGAGGAAUGAUGUGGAUACGACUUCAAUCUACGACAGGGUGGAUCUCUCCAAGGUUAACGCAGUUUGCGCAAAAACUAGGUUGCUGCUUCAAAUCUUCAACAUCAUGUUUUGUCUCGAAGAGGAUGACCAGCGCGAUAUGAAGGUUGUUUCAGCGCUGUGCGAGGCUGGAUUCUUCCGCGCCGAACGUGUCCGUGAUGACCUUCCAACUGGAGCCGCCAUUCCAAUCUUGGAGGCACUGCAUCGGUGUGGAGAUAAGCUGGGGCAAGCCGACGUGCCAGGCUGGGGUGCUGACGAAUACAACCUUAUCCGACGAAGUGACCUUGGCCAUCAUCACGAUUGUGAGCCGUCAUCGGUGAAUCCGAGACGAGUCUCCAACACGACGCUUUCAAAAAGUAUUCCUUUGGUUGAAGACACGGAUCAAGACGGCAUCCAACCUCUUCAAACUUCGUCAGCGAUGCUUUUUCCUGCGGACAACAGAAUAAAGGAGGCGGGUCGUCUGUUGCGGUCAUCAAGGCCGUGCCCACUCAGUGUGCACCGGAGUGUUGAAGUUUCUGACCACGAAUAUGAACGGCUGAAGCAAAUCAAACUCCUCCUCCUAUGUCGACGUGCACUGGCAGUCCCGGUCGGGCGAGGAAUGCUCACCAUCGGCAAUUUCUCCGCUCCCCCGGCAGAGCCCUUGCCGGUGCCUGAGUUAUGUCUAGCUGGCUCAGUGGCACCAACAAAUACGAAUCUGGCUCUUGACGUCAGCGACUGUCAAAAUGGCUUCUUGAACUGGCCCGAGUUCCACAAUGGUGUCGCGGCUGGUCUUCGUCUGCCAGCUGCAGGAGAAGACGGGGAGUCCUCUCCAAAGAUAUCGAGGUCUUGGAUUGUAUACAACCGACCACCUCAGAACCCAGACUCACAGUCUCAGCAACAGACUAAUAAUGGACAGCGAUCUUCGUGGAGAACCAAGAUACAUGCACAUGGUGGACUUCUUCUAGCCCUAGGACUCCGCGGGCAUCUCUCGGCAUUGGAGAUGACCGAUAUCUAUGACUAUCUCACACAGGGACAAGUGACCUUGACAUGUGGUGUACUCCUAGGGAUGGCCGCAAACAAGAGGGGCACCUCAGAUAUCUCAGUCUCAAAGAUGUUGUGCCUCCAUCUUCCUUCAUUGAUGCCUCAGCAGUUCAGUGCCAUCGAUGUGGCCAGCUCGGUUCAAACUGCUGCGGUGACCGGAACAGGUCUGCUGUUUCAAGGGUCCAGUCAUCGGCUGUUCACGGAAUUUCUUUUGAAUGAAAUCGGAAGGCGGCCUGAUAGCGACGUAAUGUCGGACAGAGAAUCCUACACCCUUUCCUGUGCAAUCGCCCUUGGCAUGAUCAACAUUGGAAAAGGUGACCGCAUUGGCAACGGACACCAUGCUGGUUUCGAAGGUGAAGGAUUGAGUGAUUUACGACUUGGUGAAAGACUCUGUCGAUAUGUUAGCAGUGGUGUCGAUGAAAACGAAGUGCGCCGUAUUAAAGAGGGAAACGACCGCCUGAACUACCAAGUGGCUCUCAACUCUGGAGAACAGGAAAGGUGCUGCUGCAUUUUUGAAGGGGCCACUAUCAAUGUGGACGUGACUGCUGCAGGAGCUACUUUGGCUUUGGGCCUUGUUUUCUGCCGGACUGGCAAUCAAAGUAUAGCCUCUGUGAUUGCACUUCCUGACACGCACACUCUCUUGGAAUAUGUCCGGCCCGAUUUCCUAGCAUUGAGAGUUGUAGCCCAGUCGCUAAUCAUGUGGGACUCUGUUCUCCCGUCGAAAGAUUGGAUCAAGAUGCAGAUGCCUGUCGUAGUUGGAGAAGCGUACGAAAAGAUGAAAGAGAAGGCUGCCAGUACCAUGGCAAUGGCAUCUGUUGGCGACAUGCUAGAUGACGAUGAUGGCGCGAGUUCGCAGAUGGAGAUAGGCAAUGGCCAUGGCAACGGUGCUGAGGUUCCAAACUCAAACUCAAAUCGAGUUAGUGGGCAAGAACGUCAUCACAUACAGUCUGAAGACUAUGAUUGUCAAGUUGUUCGCCAAAUCUACGUCCAUGUUCUUGCUGGUGCUUGCUUUGCACUUGGACUACGCUUCGCUGGUACUGGGAACAAGAUGGCGGCUGAUGCCAUCUUUGAACGGGUCCUUGAACUUCAAACUCUGAGGGAUGUGAACGAUUCAGUGUCACAGGCACUAAGGCCAGAGCCACAAAUCCUAGAGACUUGCCUUGGCUGCUGUGCAAUAGCUCUCGCGAUGGUAAACGCCGGAACUGGAGAUCUGGAAACACUCAAGCUUCUCAAAAUCCUUCGGUGGCGAUGUGAUGAGGAAGUAAAGUACGGCGCUCACAUGAGUUUCGGUAUGGCGAUUGGGCUUCUUUUCCUCGGAGGCGGAUCUUAUACGCUUGGCAGAGAUCCUGAAGACGUUGCCGCCCUUAUUGCUGCAUUUUUCCCACGCUUUCCGUACAGCAGCACAGAUAAUCAAUAUCACCUGCAGGCACUAAGGCACCUGUAUGCUCUUGCUGUGAAACGGAGAGAUAUUCGUUUUGCAGAUGUCGAUACUGGCGAGAUUGUGCCGGUUCCCAUUGAGAUCCGAUAUGGAAGCCAUGAUGCGAAUCCCUUGCAUCUUACCGCCCCUUGCCUUGUUCCGAAUGGCGAUGGGAUCGUGGAGGCGCAAAUUGUGUCGCAUGAUUUCUAUCCCCUGAAGUUCAGACUGACCGAAGAUGCGUUCGGGCGGACCCUCUUUGUCAAGCGAAGAACAACUUUCCCAUCACCAGGCAGAGGCAUUGAUGAUCAACUCUCUCUGCAAGUGUGUCAGCACGUCGGAAAUCUGCAGGAGUAUUUGCAAGGAAAACCUGACAUGCUGGCGUUAGUGACAUAUUUGUUUGGGCUUUCCAACACAUGCAGCACAACGUUGUCGCAGCAAGGUGUUUCGAUGGAUGGGUUCUACACUUGCCUCCUCCCCGAAUGCCUCUCGAAUCACUCAGACAUGGCCUUCCCGCUGUACCUGAGACUUUGGGGAUCAAUUGCGGCCCUUGAAGACAAGUGCUUUUCAAGCUCUAAGUUGUUGCUUUGGGACCUUCAUUUGAUUCGAGCUUCGCUGUCAUCUGACCCACGUCCCCUGUUGAGCCCAGAGAAAUUGGCUUACCUGGGAGAGAUUGUGGAACGCGUUUCGUCAACUUCCUAGCUGAAGCCAACAAUGUGAAAGGGGGCUGGCUGCAAGCAAGAGAGAGCUUGACUUGAACGCUUAUUUUAGAGCGCAACACUCUUGCCAGGAAUCCUAGCUCGAUUUUUUAAAAUAGCUGAAAUGGCAAAACUGAAGCCCAAUUCGUGUUUAUUAUCACUACUAGCUAGCCAGGCCAUACUAUUGAAAUGUUUACUAAGAUCUAUGGGGACACAACAUCUAUCAUACAAGAAUAAAAUAGAAAAAUAGGGAGAAAUCAAGACUACCU